CGAACCCAACGGCAAACUCCGUUACCUCCUCUCUCUCUCUCUCUCCCCCCGUCUCGCCUACAGCCUAGGGUUCCGAGACCCAGCCGGCGGACGACGGUGAACGCGCCCCCUUUCCGAUGGAGAGCAUGGGCGACCUCGCCACCGCCCUCGACGCUACCGGGAGCUCCGAUCCGGCCCCUAAGAGCGGCGGCGGUGGAGGGUCCUCCGACGGGGCCCGGAUCGCGGAGGUGAAGGCGUGGCUGGCGUCGCAGUUCGAGUCGGCGGGGAGGGAGGUGCCGGAGUUCGAGUACACACCGCGCAGCGUCGCCCGCCUCCACGCCUUUGCCUCUCUCUCCCAGGCCCGAACACGCGCCGCCACCAUCGUCGCCACCGACCUCCGCCUCAAGGCAUCCGAAUACCGCGCCCAGGCAACCCGGAUCCGGGAGAUCCUGGAGCGCGUUGGUCUCGCCCAGGAGCAGCUCUCCCCCAGUGCGAUCGCCUCCGCUCAGGUUAUCGCCAACGUCGCCAACCUUCUCAACAUCAGAGACACCGAGAUGAGCAGUUUUGUGGUGGCUAUGGGGGAUCUGUCGCUGAGGAAGGAGGAUGUGGAGGAGAAGAGGGCAAAGGUGCAAAAGGAGUCGAAAGUCCUUCUCGAGUACACUCGGAGGGCCAUUGCCAAGCUCAACGAUCUUAAAAAAACUCUUGCAAAAUUUGAAAAUGAAGUCGCCAUGCAUGAGGCUCAGAUGCUUCAGUGGCAGAAGAACUUGGCCAUCUUGGAUUCAAAAGAGCGGCAGUACAUGCUUCAGCUCUCAAACUAUAAGGCAAUACUAAAACGUGUGGGCUAUACUCCAGAGAUCAAUCACGGUGUGCUGAUGGAAAUGGCUGAGCAUAGAAAGGAGUUAGAGAAGAAAACAAAGCCCAUUCUGGAUACCUUGAGGAGCUAUCAAGAUUUGCCACCUGAUAAAGCUCUUGCUGCGUUAGCAAUUGAGGAUAAAAAAAGGCAAUAUGCAGCUGCAGAGAAGUAUCUUGAAGAAGUGUUGCAUUCUGCACUAACCACACCGGAAUUAUGACAUGAGCAGAUGUCCUCUCCUCUUGCGAGGAGCAUAGUGCAUCUAUGCAUGUAUGCUCUUGAGUUCCUGCUAGGGAGCAAACUUACUGUACAGGGCCAGAAGAUCUACAAGAGAACACUGCAAACGUUGCACAUCUUAUUCACUUCAUCUUAAGUAAACACUCGCUAGGAAGCAGCCUUCUAAGACUGACAAAUAGAGAGAGAAAUCCCUGAUAGAUUUUUCAAUUGAAAUAGAGGGAUUUUCUAUUAGUACAUGUAGGAAGUGUUUGGAUGUUUUGAUAUGCUAUGCAAUUGUUGCAUGCUGAAGCAUCUGAAUUCCAGCUGAAAAUGAGUUCUGGCACUGCUAUAUUUUAUAAGUGGAGAUAUGGAAGUGAAGGAAACACAGAGACUGGAGAUGCAUAUGGUUUUCAGUUGAUCUUGUGUCCAUUUGAAUUUGGAUCCGUUGGUCACCUUUGGAAUUGAUUGUGACAUCUGCAUAUGCGGAUGAAAGUGUGAUAUUCUAACUCUGUCUACUGAUUUCACUGCAGUAAUGCAUGGUAAACACCGUCUUUUCUGUAAUGUUAAUUGCUGAUUUUGGA